UAUUGGUAUCAGGAGUGAGAGUUAUCGAGUAGAAAGUCCUCUCAGGUAAUCAGUUCACGUGGUUCACCACUGCGAUCGUUUGAUAAAGAAACGAGAUAGAUUCCGUUCGUGAGGUGAGCAUUCGAUUGCUGCACAAUCGCCAGGCAAGAGUCAUGCCCCAGUACAGACUCGUGGACUACAGCUACCCGACGACCGGGGAGGUCGCCCGGCUCCUGCUUCAGUUCCGAGAUGUCGAGUACGAGGACCACAAGGUCGAGUCCCCGGACGAGAUCUACGAGGCGGAAGAAGAGGCUCCUUUCGGCACACUCCCUGUGCUGUACGUUGAUGGAAAGGCUGUGGCCCAGGGACAGGGGAUCUCCAGGUACCUGGCAAGAGAGCUCGGAUUGGUAGGCGAAACAAAUGAGGAAGCUGCCACUUGCGACAUGAUCAUGGACGGGUUGGGCGUCAUGUUCGCAAAAAUGAGGGGUUUGGAUCUGUCCCAGAAGGAUGUCGGCGAACAGGUUGCUCUCCUGAAACAGAUGAUGCGGGAGGAUGUGCCGCGCCACCUGCACAAGUACGAACGAUUCUUGGAAAAAUCGAAUCUCUCCAGCGGAUAUUUCGCCAGUGAAAAGCUGACGUGGUGUGACCUGGGUGUUACCCUCUGCCUGGCUGGUAUGCAGUUGAGACAGCCCUCCCUCCUGGAGAAGCACCCCCGGCUGAGGGCACUCGUCCAGAAGGUGACUAAAGAACCUGUUGUAGAACACUUCGUAGACACCGAGCUCGCGCAGUCGGCCAUCAUACGCAAGAACAGCAUGUGAACCAUGACCUUCCGAUUCUGUGUGUUGUUUGUUAAAUAAUAAAGCGUUCGAUUUCA